AUGGAGCCCUCAUCUAACGCACACCCCACACCGGUGGUCGGAGAAGACCAAAGCCAGCCUGGCCACUGGGCACAAAGUGCCCUCCACAACCCGUGGACUCGUGGGCGCCGUGUUCGUGAACAACCGGAUACCUUGCUUCACGAACUCCAAAGCCGCCUUCUUUGCCGUGAGCCAGGUAUACGCAUUCCAAGACAAGGGGACGAGUUCUACUAUACUGUUGGUACUAAGACCACCAAUAUUGAAGCUUUACUGGUGCAAUCAACCGGGUAUAAGAUGCCCGUUGAAGAAGAAUGCGAUGCUUGUCAACGUUCACAAGGGCCGUUUACUUCCUGCGUUAUUGCAACCGGGCUUCAACACCUGCUAUCCUGCGCCAAUUGCCAUUGGGGGAAACGAAAACACUGCAGCUUUGUCACCCGACCCCCUAUCACGGUUGCAGCGAUGAGCCAACCUGGUCCGCCUAUAUCACCCACCACCUUCGCAGAAAUCGAGGCGGCACUUGAAAAGGAAAUCCAUACGAGGGACUCAGUGAUGGCCGUGCUUCGCGGCCAUGAUCAACGGAUCUAA